AUGGCUUCCAAAGAGGCCAAAAUAUCCCUAAAGGCCGUAAAAGGCACACGCGACUGGGCUGGACCCGACCUACUCCUACGAGACCACGUCUUUGAGACUAUAACCAACGUUUUCAAGCUCCACGGCGGUACCCCUCUCGACACUCCCGUUUUCGAAUUGCGAGAGAUCCUUGCCGGCAAAUAUGGCGAGGAGGGCCGUUUGAUAUAUAAUCUCGAAGACCAGGGUGGCGAACUGUGCGCCUUGCGCUACGAUCUAACAGUCCCCUUCGCUCGCUGGUUGGCCAUGAACAAUGUUCAACAGAUCAAACGCUACCAGAUCGCAAAAGUCUAUCGUCGCGAUCAGCCCGCCAUCGCCCGUGGUAGGAUGCGCGAGUUCUACCAAUGCGAUCUCGACAUUGCCGGUGUCUACGACCCCAUGAUUCCCGACGCCGAGAUCCUACGAAUUAUCGUCGAAUCCUUCGAAGCUCUCGACCAAGAAAUUACUAUCAAGCUAAAUCACCGGAAAAUUCUAGACGGCAUAUUCGCCGUCGCUGGUGUUCCCGCCGAGAAGACACGCCCCAUCAGCUCCGCGGUAGAUAAGUUAGAUAAGGAGCCGUGGGAAGCCGUCAAAAAGGAGAUGGUAGAGCAGAAGGGACUCCCAGAGGAAGUUGCCGACAAGAUUGGUCAAUUCGUACUAAAUCGCGGCACCCUUGACGAGAUGAUACAAUUCAUCAAGUCCGAUCCGAACCUGUCGGCAAACGAAGAAAUAAAAGCGGGUCUCGCCGACAUGGAACUCCUGACCUCCUACUCAAAAGAACUUAACACAUUCGACAGCGUCUCUUUCGACCUGUCUCUCGCCCGAGGACUGGACUACUACACCGGCCUAAUCUUCGAGGUUAUCCAAAAACCGCAAGACGCGAAGGACAAGGACGGCACGCGGUACCCGGAGAAGUCGUCGAAGAACGCGGACGCGUCGGCGGUGGGCAGCAUCGCGGCGGGCGGGCGGUACGACAACCUGGUGGGUAUGUACGGCAAGAAGCAGAUCCCGUGCGUGGGCAUCUCGUUCGGCGUCGACCGCAUCUUCACGAUCCUGAAGGCGCGGCAGGGCGACAAGAAGCCGCCCGCGCGCCAGAUCGACGUGUACGUCAUGGCCUUCGGCGGCAAGGAGUUCGACGGCCUGCUGCUGCAGCGCAUGUCCGUGGCGCGGCAGCUGUGGGAGGCGGGGAUCCGCGCCGAGUUCAGCGCCAAGGUCAAGCCGAGGCUGCCGCAGCAGUUCAAGGCCGCCGAGGACGUGCCGGUCGCCGUCAUCCUCGGCCAGGACGAGCUCGCCGAGGGAAAAGUUCGGCUUAAGGUCCUGGGCUCCGGGAAGCCCGGCGAGGAUAAGGAUGAGAAGGACCAGGGCCUGCUGGUCAAGCGCGAGGAUCUCGUGCAGGAGGUCAGGAAGCUGUUGGCGGCGAAUGGGACGUCGAGUGUGCUGCCCUUGAGAUAG